GUUAAAAUGGAUGCAUUCCGGAUGAUCAAAACAAGCCGAAAACUUGCGACGAAAUGCUUAUUUUACAAAGUCAGCUCGAUAAGUUUGUAUCUCUACGUGUUUCUCAUCUUAGUUAUAUCCAAACACAGUGAAGGGCAGCUGUCAAAUUUUCUAGGUGAUGUAGAAAAUGAAAUAAAUAAGUUGACAUCAAAAACAUUGCAGUUGUACAGGGACAGAUGUAGUGAAUCUCUCGUAGAGUGCUCUUCCGCAUUCGAAAAGAACGGUUUUGCCUGCAGCACAAGUGACAUUCAAGGAGAGGACUCAUUAUGCAGAACAGAUCAUGGGACAGCCUUCUUGACGGCACAGCCUGGAUGCUCACAGUGCACAAACAGGAGGUUGAAUGAAGAAUUGUCUUUAGUACGGACAGCUAGUAGUCACUGCACUUGUAAGGAUUUACUCAGCGCUGACAUCUGCUGGACAAAAGGCCUUGAAGAUGAUUUGAAGAGAACAUCUUUGCCUGGUCUGCUUUGGCAACAAAUCUCAACAACAAAUGGUUUCACAAGACUUUAUCCAGGGACAGCCCAGGAGACGUGCUACAGCUACGACCCCCGGCUGCGUUCAUGGUUUGUGGCUGCCUCCACCGGACCUAAAGAUGUGGUUAUCGUCGUGGAUUCUAGUGCAUCAAUGGAUCUAGUGCCUAAGAGUAGUACUAAAAAUAUGUCCCUCAUGCAGCUGGCCAUGCAGGCAGUGACUCAUGUACUCAGUACGCUUACUUUUAUGGAUUACGUUGCAGUCACCAAGUUUUCAACAGAGUCUGAGCAGGUCACAGUCAACGAGGUAUUCACACUGAUCCAAGCAACAAGGGAAAAUAUCUCAGCUCUCACUACGGAGGUGAAUAAAAUUCAACCCAGUGGCCACACAAACUUUGAGCAGGCUUUCAGGCUAGCCUUCAAUAUUCUUGACCGGUCGACGAGUAUUGGCCGUACGACCGGCUGCAGUAAGGCCAUCUUGUUCUUGACGGAUGGGUCACCAACAAGAGGGGAGAGUGACCCAACCAGGCUGGCCCAGAUUGUUGGCGAUCUAAACACCAGGCAAGAUGGGAGUAAGAUAGCGAGUAUCUUUACUUACUCUAUCAGCGAUAUUGCAGAAACAGAAAUAUCCAAACACAUAGCAUGCAGCGCUAACGGCAUCUGGUCCCAGGUAGAGACGGACUCUGCGGCCAGCCUGCAGGAGCAGAUCAGUCAGUACUUUGAGUUUUACAGCACCCUUCAUAAGGGGCCGAGCAGUGUUAUAUGGACUGAGCCAUAUCUGGAUGCAUUCGGUGCCGACAUGGUGGUGACGGCAGCUAAAGCAGUUUAUGAUAACUCUAAUACCAGUCACAGCAAGCUGGUGGCUGUAGUUUCCAUUGAUAUCUCGUAUGAGCAUAUACAACAGUUGGAGAGUGACAAGGCAGUCGUAAGAGAGGAGUUACGGAGACAUCAAGAUUUCUGCCCAGAGAUCGCCGUGUACUCUCAGUGCGAACUGGAGGUGUUGCGACAGAAAAUUUACGCCAAUGGCGCCAUCAACUAUCAAAGUGAUCCCAAGAAGAUCUGCGAUCAGAGUUCGACAUGCCCUCUGCCAAGUGAUGAAUCAUGCCCCAAUAGAACAUUCCAAUAUGAGCAGUGUACAGCUCAUACUAGUGCCACUCGGGAUUAUCAAGAUGCGGCGUGUUGUGGGAUGUUUUUACCAUGCCCCUCAUCCAACGUUCCAUCUGUCGGGCUGUCUCCAAUUCUCACAGCCGUCUUUACCUGUCUCCUUCUUGCAGUUGUCACUUUUCUUUUAUAAUACUUGGCAUUUUUCUAUCUCAUCAAUGUUAAUUUGAAAAAUGUAAAGGCUUUUUUUACGGUUUUUCCUUGAAUUUUAUAGCACUAAGUUUAAAAAAAAAUUUAAAAAUGGUGCCCCUUUUUGUAUGUGCGAAUAUAUGCAUCAUUGUUGUACCACGCCUAAUAACUGUGUUUUGAAAUAUACAUUUUUUUUAAGUACAGGAUUAGUACGUAUAUAAAAAUAAGAUUAAUUGGUUACCUAGCAAAAGCUCACAAGUUAGAAAGUUUCCCACUAGUACCAAUACUCUACAAAUUCGUCUGAAAUAUAUGUUCUUUCAAUUUGAGAAAACGGCAUGAAAGACCUCCAUUGCUUAUUUUAAUUGCCGCAGUCAAAUUAAGCCUGUUUGUGAACAAGCACAAAAAUUUGUUAUAAAACGUCAACGGCUUUGAGAGAGAUGUUCAGUUUAAAAUGUGGGAGGAAAACCCCAGAGAGCGAGGACCUGAUCUAAGCGCAGGAUUCGAACCGGGGUCCACAGAGGUGAAAGGGAGGGAAAGACACUACUUAGCAAACCUGGGGUGGAUUUCACAAAGA